CUAUCCUCACGAUGAUUAUGUUCCUGGCACUUACACUGUUGGUAACCAUGGUAACAGUAACUGCCGCGUCAGAGGAUUUGGAAAUGCUUGAGAAAACAGCAGAAGACAUAAGGCAUCUGAGUCCAGGCUCACGGAACCUGUUUUGGGUAAUUCCCCACAUUGACAACCUCAUUCGGGAGUUCGAGUGUGAACGAGAAGCAACCAGUUGUAAGGCUUGGCAAGCUAACACCAUGCUAAUGAAGCUAGAGUUUGGUCUCGUGAACUGUGAGAGUGUCAGUUUACUGGAGGUAGAUUCGGAGCUCUGUCAGGAUGCGAGGGAGUUUUUGGGAGAUGACAAGGCGGAGCUGAGUGAUGACGACAUUAAACAGGGCCUGAUAGCGAGCUUUGAUCAUGACGUCAUAUACACUGAUGAGUACUUCGACUUGGUCAAUGCUGUCUCCUUUGCCAUGGGGAACUAUAUAUGUAAAAAGGAUCCUGAAUCGUGUGACAUUAUAAGACAAGCCAAGAAAGACUCCAAAGAGUUUGAGGAAAAAACCAAAGCUCGCCGUCGUGUUUAACAAUCUCUGAGAGACCACAAAGAAAAUGGAAACGCUUUUAUUCUCACAAAGAUUUUAUUUCUUUCGAAAAAAUUUAGAUCUGGUAUUAGUAAUAUUCGAUAUUCAAUUUGUUUGUUUUUUUGAAA